AGCAAAAGUUGAGAUUCUCAUUUACAAUUUUCCCAAUGUUUGUGAUUGUGUCUGUGUUUAUGCUGCAUGCAUUACUAAAGGAUGCCGUUAGGAGGAGGAAACAAGUGUGGCCGCUGUCAGACGACAGUUUACUUUGCAGAGGAAGUACUGUGUGAUGGGAGGAGUUUCCACAAGUCCUGCUUCCUGUGCAUGGUUUGUAAGAAGAGCUUGGACAGCACAACUGUUGCUGUACAUGAUGAUGAAGUUUACUGCAAGGCAUGCUACGGCAAGAAGUAUGGUCCAAAGGGCUAUGGCUACGGUCAGGGAGCAGGAACCCUCAGCAUGGACAAGGGAGAGUCUCUGGGUAUUAAACAUGAAGAAGCUGCUCCUCAUCGUCCUACCACUAACCCAAACCCAUCAAAGCUGGCUCAGAGGUUUGGCGGGUCAGAAAAGUGCCCUCGCUGUGGCAAGGCUGUCUAUGCUGCUGAGAAAGUGAUUGGAGCUGGGAGUUCAUGGCAUAAGACUGGAUGUUUCACAUGUGCACAAUGUGGGAAGAGCCUUGAGUCGACCACAUUAGCUGACAAGGAUGGAGAAAUCUACUGCAAAGCCUGUUACGGCAAAAACUUUGGUCCCAAAGGAUUUGGAUACGGACAAGGGGCCGGGGCGCUGUCGCACACCCAGUGACGACCACCGGGAUCCUCGUUAGCAGUUUCUCAAGGAUGCUGCACUUCUGUGUUCUUCCUGCAGGGGGCAGACUGUUGAUCGACAACCAACAUAAGCCUUGCAGACAGCUUCACAAGAAAUUCAUAAUAUGACAGUGGAAAUGCUAAUACCUUGCUAUUCUGAUACAGGCCAAAGCCAAAAUUAUUUAUUGUGCUUUUAUAGUUAAUUCUGAUAGUUAAGUGAAUUCAGUUAAUUUUGAUUCAACUUUAUAAUGGCCUACUAAUACAAUAUUGUACUAUCUGCUUCAACUAGCUUUUAUUAUCCUCUUCUUUGGGGCUGUUUAUUCACUUUCAACAAAGACAGUUAAUGCUGCUUUUUAAUAAAGGGAAUAUUACAAUUGAAAUAAAUAUUAAACACAUAAUAU